CUUCACAAAGGGAAGAAAAAAAACUCAGUAUUUUGUAAUCGGGUUCACUCGAAACAAUCGUGUCAAAGUUAUUUUAGUUUGAGGCAAUGGAGGAGGUGACGGGUGCUCAGGUUAUAGCGGAUGCGCUUCGAACUCAGAAUGUGGAAUACAUGUUUGGAAUUGUGGGAGUUCCCGUGAUUGAGGUUGCCAUGGCAGCCCAAGCUGCUGGAAUCAAGUACGUGGGCAUGCGCAAUGAGCAGGCGGCUUGCUACGCUGCCUCUGCCGUAGGCUACCUCACAGGGCGCCCGGCGGUGUGUCUGGUGGUGUCCGGACCCGGCCUCAUCCAUGCUCUCGGGGGGAUGGCCAACGCCAACGUCAACUGCUGGCCUGUUGUAGUGAUUGGAGGUUCUUCAGACCAGAGCCAGGAGACCACAGGUGCCUUCCAGGAGUUCCCCCAGGUGGAAGCGACUCGGCUGUACAGCAAGUUCUCAGCCAGACCUAGCAGCCUGGCAGCCAUCCCCUCUGUGAUCGAGAAGGCGGUGAGGACCAGCAUGUACGGACGCCCAGGCGCCUGCUACGUGGACAUUCCUGGGGACAUGGUGAAUGCCAAAGUGGACCAAUCGCAAGUCAGGCAGGUGACCUGUUGUCCCGUUCCUCCUGUGAGUCUGGCGCCCCCUACUGAUGUACUGAAGGCAGUGGCACUGAUCAAACAGGCCCAAAGACCUUUGCUCAUCGUUGGCAAGGGUGCUGCCUAUGGGAGGGCGGAGUCAGAACUUAUUGAGCUUGUAGAGAGGUGUGGCCUGCCCUUCCUGGCCACGCCCAUGGGUAAAGGGGUGGUGUCUGAUGUGCACUCCAACAGUGUGUCUGCAGCCCGCUCUAGGGCGUUGCUGCAUGCUGAUGUGGUUGUGUUACUGGGGGCCAGACUCAACUGGAUGCUCCACUUCGGCUUCCCCCCGCGCUUUAACCCACACGUCAAGAUCAUACAGGUGGACCUCUGUGCAGAGGAGCUGGGAAACAACGUGAGACCUGCUGUUGCCUUGCUGGGGGAUAUCCGCUCGGUAGUUAGACAGAUGCUGGACAUCUUCCAGAAGGAUCCGUGGUCUUACCCAGCGGACUCUGAGUGGUGGAAAGCUCUUAGGGAGAAGAUGGCCGCCAACGCUGAGAUGUCAAAGGCCUUGGCUUCAGCCCCCUCUCCGAUGCUGAACUAUUACUCGGCCUUCCAGCACAUCUCCCAGCUGCUGCCCCCGGACUGCGUGCUGGUCAGCGAGGGGGCCAACACCAUGGACGUGGGCCGCACCAUGAUCCUCAACCGCCUCCCCCGACACCGACUGGAUGCAGGCACAUUUGGCACCAUGGGUGUGGGACUGGGCUUUGCCAUCGCAGCAGCCAUGUUGGAGAGAAGCAAGAGCGCCCCCCAGAGGGUGGUGUGUGUAGAGGGAGACAGUGCCUUUGGGUUCUCAGGCAUGGAGGUGGAGACGAUGUGCAGGUACAAACUUCCUGUGGUCAUUAUCGUUAUCAACAAUAACGGCAUCUACAGUGGAGUGGACGCUGAGACCUGGGCAGAGCUGGAGAAGAUGGAUGACCUCGCCACAAUAGCGCCCCCUGUGACUCUGCUGCCUGAUGCCCGAUAUGACCAGAUGAUGACUGCGUUUGGUGGGCAUGGCUUCCUGGUGCGGACUGCUGCAGAGCUCCGCCUCUCGCUGCAGGAGAGUUUGAGUGAUUGGCAGCUCCCCUCACUCAUCAACGUGCUGAUAGACCCCGCCUCUGACAGAAAACAGCAGGAGUUCCCCUGGCUGACCCGUUCUAACCUGUAGGAGGAUGGAGCCCGUGUGCCGGAUGCCUUCAUUGGAAAUGGACUUCAUGUCAAGAGUCUUUUUUUUUCAUAUCAGAUAUAUUUCUGUCAAUAAAUCAGGUCUAUUGAUCUCUGGGACCUCC